AUGGCUCUCUCGAAACUCACGUUUUUUACCCAUUUCAGCAAAACCCUAACUAAACCCUGCCGUUUUCGACUUCCGGGGCCGCCGUCCAUCGCCGUCCCCCUUCGCCUCUUCUCCUUCGCAACCCCAGAAGAGGCGGCUGCCGAACGCCGAAAGCGCAAGCGUCGCCUCCGUAUCGAACCCCCACUCUCUUCCCUCCGCCACCAUCAACAGCAACAACGACCUUCUCCGCCCUCCGCCGCCCCUCAAAACCCCAACGCCCCCAAACUCCCCGAACCUGUCUCGGCUCUCUCCGGCAACCGCCUUAACCUCCACAAUAAGAUUCUGACACUCAUCCGCGAAAAUGAUCUCGAAGAGGCUGCACUCUACACGCGCCACUCGAUUUACUCCAACUGUCGACCAACUAUUUACACGUGCAACGCCGUUAUGUCGGCGCAGUUGCGGCAGUCGAAGUACUCCGAUCUUCUGUCUCUUCACCGAUUCAUCACUCAGGCAGGUGUUGCCGGCAACGUCGUGACGCAUAACAUCCUCCUAACAGCCUACCUCGACUGCCGAAAAACGGACCUUGCUUUGGAACACUACAGGCAGCUCAUCAAUGAUGCACCAUUUAACCCCUCCCCCACCACUUACCGCAUUCUCAUCAAAGGCCUCGUCGACAAUCAGAAAGUCGAGAAUGCGCUUGAGCUCAAGGACGAAAUGGCCACCAAGGGCUUUAAACCGGACCCGACUGUUUAUUCAUAUUUAAUGUUGGGUUUAGCUAAGAAUUCAAACCCGGAUGGGGUAUUUGAAUUGUACGAGGAACUAAAGGAGAAAUUGGGACAAGAAGAAGUUCUGGAUGGGGUGAUAUAUGGGAAUUUAAUGAAAGGGUAUUUCUUGAAAGGAAUGGAAAAGGAGGCCAUGGAGUAUUAUGAAAAGGCUACAGAUGAAGGUUCACGUAUAAAAAUGAGCGCAGUGGCGUACAAUUAUGUCUUAGAGGCUCUGACCAUGAAUGGAAAGUUUGAUUUGGCUGUGAAUUUGUUUGAUAGGAUGAAAAAUGAGCAUGAUCCGCCGAGGAAAUUGACUGUGAAUUUGGGGAGUUAUAAUGUGGUGGUGGAUGGUUAUUGUGCAGAAAAGAGGUUUGGCAGAGCCAUUGAGGUUUUCAAUAGUAUGGGAGAGAAGAGGUGCAAUCCGGAUACUCUGUCAUACAAUGUGCUGAUUGAUCAGUUGUGUAGUAAUGGAAUGUUGGAUGAGGCAGAGGAGUUAUACAAGGGGAUGAGUGAUAAGAAAGUGAAUCCAGACGAGUAUACUUUUGUCGUGUUAAUGGACACUUGCUUUAAGGAGAAUAGGCCAGAUGAUGCAGCAGGGUAUUUUAGAACUAUGGUUGAGUCGAAGCUGAGACCGAAUCUGGGGGUUUAUAAUAGGAUGGUUGAUGGAUUGGUUAAAGUUGGGAAGAUCGAGGAGGCUAAGUCAAUAUUUGACAUGAUGGUGCCUAAGCUUAGGAUGAAUGAUGAUGCAUAUAAGUUCAUCAUGAACGCAUUAUUUGAUGUUGGGAGGCAUGAUGACGUGCUUAAGAUUGUGGAUAGGAUGUUGAGGGAGGAUCCAAAUGAUUUCACUGAGGAAUUGGAAGAAUUUCUUCAAGAAAGGUUGAGGAAGGAUGGGAGGGAAGAGGAGUUGACGAAACUUAAGGAAGAUUUAGAAAGGGAGAAGGCUGAGGCUGCAGCUAGGGCUGCUGAAGCAGCAGAAAAAGCUAAGGCCAGUUCUCGGCUGGCUCUUUCCUCUUUGAAACUGUUCGGGAAGAAGAUUUCUGAAAAUACGGAGUCUGGAGAAGAGACACUUGCAGCCACAUCAGGCGAUGCUGAGGCCUCGGCUGCCUCUGUGAAUGGAGACGAACUGGCUGGACAACAAGAGAAUACCGCUGAAAGCUCCGGAGGGAGAAAAUUUUCUGAUGAGGGCGUGGCUGAAGAAUCAGUAGAAGCUAAAAGCAAUGCGGAAACUAAGCAGGUUACAGCAUAA